AUGCUCGCUAUCCUCGACCAGGAGAAUGUCACAAGCGUGUACCUAAUCGGCCAUGACUUUGGAGGCGGCUUGGUGCAAGGAUUCACACAGGCUUUCCCUGACAAAGUCAAAGCGCUGAUUAUCAUAAACGCGCCGAUAAUGCCCACCUUCCUACCUCUACUUUCCUAUGAUGCCGAAGCACAGGAGUACGCCCGCUACACAAUCCCAUAUUACAGUUACGUCCCUGGUCAGCCAAAAAACAUCCCCACUAUCGUCAAAACCAUUCGCGAUCCAGUCUACCGCCGCAAGAUCGCAGACUAUCUCGAUCGCUCGCCUAUUCACGGCAUGCUCAACUUCUAUAAGAACAACUACCCUGGCCCCACGUACGGUCAGGACCUCACUGCUGCCUUGAACAUAACCAAAGAGACCUGGACCCAGCGCGUUCCCACCAUGGUGCUCUGGGGUGAAGAGGAUGAUUACUUCAGUCCUAAGACUAUUGAUGGGCUGCAAGGCUGGUUUCAGUUCGGAGUUAGGCUCGUCACCUUGCCGAAAUCGGGUCAUUGGCCGUUCAGAGAUCAGUGGAAGAGAACAAACCGGGAAAUUUCUAGCUUUUUGGCCAUUGCCGACAACAUCGAAAAGGACAUUUUGUAA